AUGACUAUAUCUUGCGGCGCGACGUGGAUGGCGGUGCUUCUGCGUGCGUUGUGCGGCGUGUUUCUCUUCCCCAUGUUUUUUCCCUUUUGUGUGUGGGAAGGUUGUGGGAGAGGAUGUGUGCGGGAGAAUGAGCAUGGGUGGCUGCCAGCCCCGCCCAGCGCAUUGGAGAAUUCCGUACACGUGGCUUUGCUUGACGGCGUUUCGCGGCACCCAGAGUGUGGCGAGGAGGAGGAUGGGGAAGAUCUGUUGUGGGCAGAAGGAGGAUGGACAGGACAGUCCUCUUCCGUGUCAUUUCCGAUGUCGUUGGCAGUACAUACUGAGAGCGUAAAUUUGAGCGAGUGCGAGAUGAAAGGUUUGUGCCGCUUUGUGUGUGCUACUCAAUCGUCGUCAUUGCACGCUGUCGUCACGGUGCGUUGUUGUGCGGUGCUGUUUGAUGAGGGAAUGGCGUGA